AUGUCCACCGACGACGACGAUCCGGAGCUCGCGUUCGACCGGCGAGAGCUCGGGGAUUGGUCCGAUGUCUUAAACGACGUCGUUCGAACUGUGCGUGACGCCGUUCGAGCGAUCCACGAAGACGUCAAAUCGACAAUAUCACUCGCUCGGACGGUACUACCGAGGGAGAGCGCGGGCGCGUCGCUCGCGGUGGACGCACUCGCGAACGCGCUGCGAGCGAGCGGACGCGCAACGCGCGCGACGUGCAUCGACCUUCGACCGAUGAACCCAGGACCCGGGUGCGCGCUCGUGGACGGGCUCCCGAGCGGAACCGAGGUGAUUGUGACGUCCGAGCGGGCGUUCGAUGGCGCGGACGUGGUCGUGGUCGUGUGCGGAGACGACGCGGGAGACGCGCGCGACGUCGCUCAGCGGGCGGUGAAGGAUGUGGGCGGGGAGAACGUGUUCAUUUUGAUCGAGGGCGAGGGCGAGGGCGGCGACGAGAUCCAUGGUUCGAUUCGUGGCGUGGGCGUCGCUGAUGUAUCCAGUGUGGAGACGUGUCGGUUGAUUGGAUCGGACGCGGCGCAGUCGACGCUUGAGGAAGUCGCGGCGCUCGCGUGGGCUGAGGCAUCGAUGGAGGAGCGAAAGUGGGUGCAAAAGCUGGCAAAAAGGUUGCAAGAUAUCGUUCGUAAGAGAUGCGAGGAGAUUUUAGAGCAGUAUCAGCCACUUCGUGACAUUGUGACAUUUUGGGACGCAGUCGUUGGCGAGUCGGCGGAGUUUGAUUCGUCGGGUGGUAAAGCUCGGGCGGAUGCCAUGCUCGGGAAAAUCAUCUCCGGCACCGUUGCGGGCGUGCCCUCUGCGUUCGCACCGGUCUCAGUUCUCAGCGCUCGAGAGUUGGCUGAGUACCAUCGAGAGUACAACCCCGACCUGGAGGUUUCAAAGCUGAAGUCGAUGAUUUAUGCGGAUAGCACGAAAUCCUUCGCUGCGGGCACCAUUUUAUCUCUGGGAGGCCCCCUCGCCGCACCACUCACGUCGCUCCCGGCGCUCGUGAUGUAUUUUACGAUUCGUAUGCGCCUGUGCUUUGCAAUGGUCAUCAUGGGCGAACCGAACGAUCAGCUCGCGGAUUUGAGACCUUCUCUUGUUGCGUCGUCGCUCUUGUACUUUUUUGGCGCAAACGCUUCGAAAAUAAUGGCCGAGCGUCUGACGGUUGAGGAGUUAGAUUUAGAAGACUUGAUGGAAGAUUUGGAGAGCAGCGAUGCGUUUUGCGGCGCCCAGAUCGGUACCAUGGACGAGAGCGGGGAUGAGCAGAAGAAAUCAUUGAGCGAGGUCCUUAACGACAAAAUGUACCGACUGGGUGAGGAUGUGCGCGAGCGCACCAACGCCGCCGUUCGUUCCGUCUUGGAAUCGGGGUCUCAUGCGUCUCGAAGCGCUCAGCGCGACGCGGCGAUGAGUGCUGCGCGCGUACGCGAGCUCGUUCGUGAUUCUGGAGGAACUCCUGGCGAGGCAAAUCGAGCCGCCGAGCGCGCGUUUGCUCGAUCGCUGCCGGUGGCGAUUUACAAGCGCAUGUCUACAGGUGUGUUCACGGCGAGCAACUUACCCGUGUUGCUCUGUGAGCUUGUUCCUGCGGUGUCUAGCUAUCUCACGGUUCGCGCUGCGACGACGGCGAUGACGAACGCACUUCCGGAAUCCAUAGCGGCGGCGGAGCAAAUCGCUCGCGAAGCAGCGCUCGAGCUGGAAGAGGCCUCUGAGACACCACCGGAAUCUUGGGACGAGACGGCGAAGAAGGGCCUCGUCGCCGCGACCGAGUCGACGAAGCGUGCAGCCGUUGCAGUGGGAGAAGCCACGACGAACGCGUUCACCGAGCUCAAUCGAAGUCUGUCGAGGAUGUUUUCGUUAAAAGGCGAGAAUUGA